AUAAAGAACUUAACAUGGACAACUGUUCUAUUGGGAUAGUUGGUGCAGAUUGUAAAUUUAAAAUUGUAGAAGGCGAUGAAUUAAAACAAUACUUAAGCUUGCUGGAUAAUGUUGAUAUGGGUGACACUGUCCAAGGGCAAGCACCUAUGGAUACAGAGUACCAAGCCGGCUCAA